CGGAGUCAGGGCGCUAACGUUUGUCCCGCCCACUCACGUCGGGUAUAAAGGCCCGCCCGCUCGCGCUCUGCCUCUGGUCCUCGACGACUGGCAAGCGGCGUCGCGAUGUCUUCUAAGUCGUCUAUGCUUCUGGGUUACUGGGACAUUCGCGGGUUGGCGCACGCCAUCCGCCUGCUCCUGGAGUUCACUGAAUCGAGCUAUGAGGAGAAGCGGUACACGUGCGGGGAAGCUCCUGACUAUGAUCGAAGCCAAUGGCUGGAUGUGAAAUUCAAGCUAGGCCUGGACUUUCCUAAUCUACCCUACCUCAUGGAUGGGAAGAACAAGAUCACCCAGAGCAACGCCAUCCUGCGCUAUAUCGCCCGCAAGCACAACAUGUGUGGUGACACUGAAGAAGAAAAGAUUCGAGUGGACAUUAUGGAGAACCAAGUGAUGGAUCUCCGCACGCAACUGAUACGGCUCUGUUACAACUCUGAACAUGAAAAACUGAAGCCUCAGUACUUGGAACAGCUACCUGGACAACUGAAACAAUUCUCCUUGUUCCUAGGGAAAUACUUAUGGUUUGCAGGGGACAAGCUCACCUUUGUGGAUUUUCUCACCUAUGAUGUCUUAGAUCAGAACCGUAUGUUUGAGCCCAGGUGCUUGGAAGAGUUCCCAAAUCUGAAGGCUUUCAUGUGCCGUUUUGAGGCUUUGGAGAAAAUCGCUGCCUACAUGCAGUCUGACCGCUUCUUCAAGAUGCCCAUCAACAACAAGAUGGCCCAGUGGGGUAACAAGUGCAUAUGCUGAGCAGGAGGCAGGCGUGCACUACCUGUUUUGUUCCAUCCUGUCUCUACAGGGCCUGCAUUCUGUCUUUGUUCUUUUCAAUAAAUAGCACUUGGGCUA